AUGGAGACAAAGGUGGAUAACGCAAUCAUUACCUUUAAUCCAAACACAACCCUUAAUCAAAAUGCUCAACGAUCAAAAAAAAGAUCAAAGAAUUUCUUUAAGGUUGCACUCUUAAUGAUGCGAGGGCAUUCUCGUUCUCAUAAAUCAUCAAAACCGAUUCUUCCAGUGCAUGAUGAAUCUAAAGGCAUGUGGAGGAAGCUUGUUGCGUCCAUGAGACUCAUGCAUCUUCAAAGCCACCAAUCUCCGCCACAAAUUCUCGACGGUCAGAAUAAUCUUAAAAAUAUGAAAGUGGUUGAUGAAACUGCUAAUGAUCAUCAUGGUGAGGAGGAUGGGUUUGUUCUUGCAUCAGAGUAUCCGUAUUCGCCAUCUCCAGCAAGGAGCCAUUACGUGUCUGAGGCCAGUAGCCGAUACGCUUCGGCGGUGGGGCUAAAUGAAAUGGUCGAGGAGGAGGAGGAGAAAGAGGAAGAGAUUGUGAAUAAGGAUUUUAAUAGCUAUGGGGAUGAUGGUGAUGACAUGAUUGAUGCAAAAGCUGAUGAGUUUAUUGCUCAAUUUUAUCACGAAAUGAAGUUGCAGCAAAUGGAUGUUGUGGAUCAUCGUUACAAUGAGUUAAGCUUGAGGUCAUUAGGCUUUUGA